AUGACUGGUCGCUUUAAUUACAGGCUCGUCUUCGGGUAUCGGCGCCGCUAUAGCCAUAAAGUUGUGGUCUUUGGGCGCAAAUGUUGUCAUCACUGGAUCCCUACUGUUUGCGUAGACAUCGAGGAAUUGGUGGCGAAGACUAUCACAGAAUUCGACAAAAUUGAUAUUUUAGUCAAUAACGCCGGUUGCGGCGCUUCGGUGCCAUUCGGUGACCAAAAAUACAUUAAAAACUUUGAUUUGGUGUUCAAUACAAACGUCCAAAGUAUUCAAGUGUUGACACAAUUAGUGUUUCCAUAUCUGGAGUUAACAAAAGGCAAUAUCAUUAACAUCUCGAGUAAGAAUGUGCUAGGAGAGCUCUGGGAGAUUGUUGAGCACAUUCAUAAUGAGAGAUUCUCGAGUGUCUCCGGACUCAGACCUUCAACCAUCCAUGUGCUUUCGUACCACAUGGCCAAAAGUGCCCUGGACAUGUUUACCAAAUGUCUGGCACUACAGUUGGGCCCCAAAGGAGUUCGUGUCAAUAGUGUUAAUCCGGCCGCUAUUCGGACCCCGUUUUUUGAGACAGUUAGCGGUGACGCGCAUCGGUUGGCCGUCAUUGAAGAGCACUGCCGACACACCUAUCCGUUGGGUCGCAUCGGAGAGCCCGAAGACGUGGCCUCAGCGGUGGCCUACUUGUGCUCACCCGCCGCCGCAUUCAUAACGGGUGCCAUUUUGCCGGUCGACGGCGGAGCCUAUCGGGCCCCCGGCGCAUAUUAG